GGGACCGGCUGUUAGUAAGAACUGCUACAGUGCGCCAGACUUCUGGUCACCAACUCUUUCUUUCUGCGCCUUUAUGCAGAAAUAUGACUCAAAGAAUAGGGUUCCCGUUUUGCUGGCUAAUCCAGAGGCUACAGCUCCUGCGGCUGCUGCCUUUGGGUGUGACCUGCCACGCCGUUUUCUGCUGCUUGUUGCAACCUGGCCUUGAAGGAAGUGACAGCCUUUUGUAUCUUUCCUGUAAUAGGUCAAACCAGGACCAGGGCUAUUGUGAAAGAGAAGUUAGAUUAGCCUCGUCUCUCGACUUUUGGACUCUCUCCUCUGAAAACUUGAUAGCUAUGUUGCCGGUUGAUCCUGUUAAAGAAAAUUAUGUUCGUAAAGUGAAAAACUGUAUUUUUUCAAUGGCCUUCCCUACUCCUUUCAAAUCAGGAGUACGUCUGAUAGCAGUUUCAAAGGAAGUUCUGGAAGAUAUUUUAGACCUUGAUUUAUCUGUCUCAGAAACAGAAGAUUUUAUCCAGCUUGUAAGUGGAGAAAAGAUACUAUUUGGAUCCAUUCCGUUGGCUCACAGAUAUGGUGGCCACCAGUUUGGGAUAUGGGCAGACCAGCUUGGAGAUGGAAGAGCCCAUCUUAUCGGAAUUUACAUGAACAGGCAGGGUGAAAAGUGGGAGCUCCAAUUAAAAGGCUCAGGAAAGACCCCAUACUCUCGGUACAGUGAUGGCAGAGCUGUACUUCGCUCCUCAGUGAGAGAAUUUUUGUGUAGUGAGGCUAUGCACUAUCUUGGGAUUCCAACCAGCAGAGCUGCGAGUCUGGUUGUAAGUGAUGAUGGAGUAUGGCGAGAUCAGUUCUACAAUGGAAACAUCGUGCAAGAACGAGGUGCAGUAGUGCUGCGUGUUGCAAAAUCAUGGUUUAGAUUUGGAUCGUUAGAAAUUUUGGCUCAUGAUGGUGAACUGGAUUUACUAAGGACAUUAUUAGACUUCAUCAUCCAGGAACAUUUCCCCUCAGUGGAUGUCAAAGAACCUAAUAGAUACGUGGAUUUUUUUUCUAUUGUGGUAUCUGAGACAGCACAACUUAUUGCCUUGUGGAUGUCUGUUGGUUUUGCUCAUGGUGUUUGUAAUACUGAUAACUUCAGUUUGUUAUCCAUUACAAUUGACUAUGGUCCCUUUGGUUUUAUGGAGGCCUAUAAUCCAGAUUUUGUACCAAACACAUCUGAUGAUGAAAGAAGAUAUAAAAUAGGAAAUCAGGCCAAUAUUGGGAUGUUUAAUUUAAACAAGUUGUUACAAGCUCUAAACCCACUACUGGAUCCCAGGCAAAAGCAUCUUGCUGCUCAGAUUCUUGAGGGGUAUCCUGAUCUUUAUUAUACAAGAUUUAGAGAAUUGUUCAAAGCCAAAUUGGGGUUACUUGGAGAAAGGAAGGGUGAUGAGGAGUUGAUUGCAUUUCUCUUACAUCUCAUGGAAAAGACAGAAGCUGAUUUUACCAUGACGUUUCGGCAGCUCAGCGAGAUUACUCGAGACCAGUUACAGGAGCUCGCUGUUCCUCAGCAAUUCUGGGCACUGAAGAUGAUUUCAAAGCACGAACUCUUUCCUGCCUGGGUGUCCCAGUACCUUCUGAGACUGAAGAGUAACAGGAAUGAUUCAGAUUCUGAAAGAAGAGAAAGAAUGACAACUGUUAAUCCCAGAUAUGUGCUGAAGAACUGGAUGGCAGAGUCUGCAGUGCAAAAAGCAGAAAGGAAUGAUUUUUCAGAGGUCCGUCUUCUCCAGCAAGUUCUUCAGCAUCCAUUCCAGAAGCAUUCUGCAGCUGAGAAAGCAGGCUACUCCUCACCUACUCCUUCUUGGGCUAAAGAUCUCAGGGUCAGCUGCUCAUCUUAAUUUGGGGAAAAUAAAUUAAGGAAUACUUCUGUCAUUGAACUCAACAUAGAAUAAUCUAUUUGAUAAAUUCUUAAUGACCAUCUACAUUUUGAUGACAAUCCUACAUUUCAUAAUAAUGAUUAUACAUAAAAUUUUUUU